GGACCUACAGAAGUCAACAAACAAUUUGUUGAAUUUACUAUCAAGGAAGUAGGAAGGAAGUGAUGUCUGCUGAAGCAGAGAAGGUUGCUGUAGGGCCUGAAAACAAAUGGAAAUGUCUCCAGGAACCUGAGCGUUUUUCUCCCUGGCUGUUAACAAAACAAGAAGGAAAAGGAGAACCCUAUCUUGGGGGCUCUGCCAUGUCCAAGGAAAAUAAUGCUGCUGUCAUUCACGAUGUCCAUAAGAAGAAGAUGGAAAGUGGCCAAAAGCCACCUGAUAGUUCCUUCUCAAACUCUGCUCCACCAGAGUUCAUGGACGUGGUAGGAGACAGUGUUCAACCCAACUCAUUGGAUUUUCUGUAUGUUGACUUCAAUAGUUUCAGCAGCGAUGGCCUUAUUUAUAAACCUGAUGGUGAUGCACCUGUAGGAGGAGCCAAAAACUACAGUUUUUCUGAAGGUGACCAAAAAGUCACAGCUAUGUCUUCAAUGGAAACUGUGCCAACUACAUCACAAAUAAGUCCUGCUGUGGCACGAAUGAUUAAUGAUAAUAUAAAAAACCAAUUAAUGAAGGAAGUUCGAAUGUUUGGACGAAAAUUUCAAAGAAUUUUCGAUUUGAUUGAAAAUGUGCAAGGACCUGAAGACGUCAAGAAACAAUUUGUUGAAUUUACCAUCAAGGAAGCAGCAAGGUUUAAAAGAGUUGUCUUAAUUCAGCAACUUGAGAAGAAACUAAAAAAAAUAGAUUGCUACUACCCUUUCAGCAAAGUUAAUCACACAUUAAAAACAGAUAAUUGUGUCAUUGCAAAGACCAAAGAGAAACAAGGCCAAUCUCUUUAUGCUGUAGAAUGA